CUUUAUCCUCCAACAAAUUGACAUUUCCAAUUUACCACAGACUAGUUCACACAGAAUGUGGGUGACAUCUUUGUGUAUAGUUUGCAGAUAGAGGCUAUAGUGCCAAAGAUGAGGACAACCAAACGCGUCAGAUUACGCAAUUUAAAAUUCCUAAUCUCCUCCCUGGAAAAUGAGAGAUGCUGGAUUAAAGGAGGGAGUUAGCUGGAGACCGGGGGGAAACCCGUGAAAGAAGGCGGUUGUUAGAGAUUACUGGCCAAAGGAUUGUUUUACGACCCAAAUACUUUGUGUGCUGCAGCUUGGCAAGACGCCACCAGGAAUAUCAGAGUAUGGAUUCAGUAUGUGGUUGUGUCAGAAGUGAGAUUCAUCUUGGACCUUUGGAAUAUAGGCAAUCGUUGUUUAAUUGUUGAUUAGUUGCUGAUUUUCACCAGAAUUUGCAGCGUCAAGCAGCAACACAUGUCCUCACUGUUCCUGACGCGUUUGCUGAUGUGUUCUCUGUGUGAUGAAGCGUUAACGCCUGGGAAAAGCAGGUACAAAGAAUAUGUGGUCGUGAAAAUCAAGAGAGAGACAGAUAACUCAGUUAUAGUUGUAUCACAUUGAAACCACUUCACACAGACAAAAACAUGGAGUACUAUUAAAAGAUGGCAGUAAAGAGAACAUUAGGAAAGCUCACUACUGGCCCUCAGGUGCCCCCGGUGAGUUAUUUCUGUAUUCCUGUGAUAUAUCAGCCUUGUGACGUCUUCUUGUCCUUCGUGUCACAUGUUCCUCUCUUUCAGCAGAAGGAGGGGAACAUGAAAGCUGAUUUGGAGGCUUCUCUUCCUGCUGGACAGCAGGAUUUCGCAAUCCAGUGCCGAGAUGUGUGCCGGUCGUACGGCAAACUGAAGGUCCUCAACAACCUCAACCUGACUGUGCCACAGGGACACAUUUAUGGUCUUUUGGGGCCCAGUGGAUGUGGGAAGACAACGCUUCUGAAAUGCAUUGUGGGAACUCUGAAAAUCUCCCGGGGUCACAUCAGCGUGUUGGGGAAGCCACCUGCGUACCCCGGACAUGACGUGCCAGGGAAGAUGGUCGGGUACAUGCCGCAGGAGCUGGCGUUGUACAGCGAGUUCACCAUCAGUGACACCCUCACCUUCUUCGGCCGAAUCCACGGCCUGACGUCGAAGGAAAACCAGGCACGCACGAACUUCCUCAUAGACUUCCUGGAUCUACCUCAGAAGCACAGUCUGGUCCGAAAUCUCAGUGGCGGUCAGAAGCGCAGGGUGUCUCUCGGAGCGGCUCUGCUUCAGAAUCCAGAGCUGCUCAUCCUGGACGAACCAACAGUCGGAGUGGACCCUGUGCUCAGGGCUAAGAUCUGGCAGCAUCUGGUGGAGAUUGUGAAGACGGGGAAAGUCUCUGUCAUCAUCACCACGCACUACAUCGAGGAGGCCAGGCAAGCCAAUGUGGUCGGACUCAUGAGGAACGGCCGUCUGCUGGCUGAAGGACCUCCAGACGCAGUCAUGAAGCAGCACAAUGCAACUACGCUGGAGCACGCCUUCCUGCAGCUGUGCGAGACGUCGGACCAGAUCGGCUCUAAGCGAGAGGGCAGUCCGCAGGGGGGGCCGCUGGAGAACAGCCAAUCGUUCGAGAGCGGGCGGGACGAGAGUCGGCCAAUCCUCGCACUCGAACCUGGAGCUGCGGAGGAAAUCCCCAAAUAUUCAGCGGACUGGAAGGUGCGAGCCAGACACGUUCUGCCCAAGUGGAGAAACAUCGCCGCCCUGAUGAUCAAGACAAUGGUGCGGAUGAAGAGAAUGCCAGGCUCGCUGUGUUUCCAGUUCUUGCUGCCCGUCAUCCAGGUCUCUCUGAUCUGUUUGUGCAUUGGAGGAGACCCAAAGGGGAUCCAGGUUGCCGUGGUAAACAACGAGACCUCGCCCUCCGCUUACAGCCAAUCCUUGCUCUCCUUCCUGGACAACUCCAGCGUGCACCAGGUGCACUUGUCCCAUACGGAUGCUUUCGAUGGGAUCUACAACGGAGAGUACUGGGGAGUCAUCAGCUUUGGCAAGAACUUCACCAGCUACCUGACGAAAAGGAUGAUGCAGCGGCAGGUCUCCAGAGAGGUGGUUGAUGGAGGAUCAGUGCACGUCUGGCUGGACCUGACAAAUCAACAGAUCGGCCUGAUGCUGCAGAAGAAACUACACGAGGCCUUUCAGACCUUUGUGGAGAAUAAGUUGGGCAGUAUGUCGUACCUGGUCGCGCUGCCAAUAAAGUUAGAAGAGCCGGUUUACGGCAGCCAAAACACAGACUUCUCUACGUUCGUGAUGCCGGGAGCUGUGCUCAGUAUCACCUUCUACCUGGCCGUGGGUCUGACAGCGCUGUCCUUCGUCCUGGAGAGGAAGGAGGGGCUUCUGGACCGGUGCUGGGUCGCAGGUGUGAGCUCCCUGGAGACGAUGCUGGCUCACCUCUUCUCUCAGCUGUUUGUCAUCAGCGUUCAGAUCAUCCUGCUGCUGCUCUUCAUACUGCUCGUCUUCAAGAUGCCUAACGAAGGCUCCCUGGUGCUGGUCAUAGUUAUGAUCGUGCUGCAGGGCAUCACCGGCAUCUCCUUCGGCCUCGUCAUCUCAGCCGCAAUCGACGACGAGCAGAAUGCCAACCAGGCCGCCCUGGGCGUCUUCUACCCCAACCUCAUCAUCAGCGGUAUCAUCUGGCCUGUGGAGUGUAUCCCGUAUCCUCUCCGCUACAUCAGCCUGGCUCUCCCUCAGACCUACGCCUCUGAAGCCCUUCGCUGUAUCAUGUACAGAGGUUGGGGUCUGUCUCGCAUGAUGGUGUGGCGAGGCUUCGCCGUCACCCUGGGCUGGAACACUCUCUUCGUCAUCCUGGCCACGGUCAUCUUAAAGCUGAGGACGUGACAGCCUCGGCCCAGAGAAGCUUCUUCAGCGCGGGGGACAGAGCCGGCACGUGGAGCCCGGGAGCGACUCCCCUGGGGCCUCCAGUCUGUGUGAAGUGGGGGCGGCGGAGAGCGGCGGGAGGGAGGGGGUCGCCGUGGUGCAAAUGAACUGAUGAGGUUGAUCCAUCAGCCUCCCUCCUCCAGCUGUCAGAUUCUUUGGCCUGCGUGAGUGAAAGUUCCAGAAGGCUGCACGUAGAAGCACACAAGUACCCGCACAAUAUGGAUAGUGUUUACUCCGAUAGUUUUAUUUCUCUUCUAUGUGCAGCUUGUUGGAACUUCUCACCCCCAGAAUAGCCCCCCCCCCCCCCCCCGUAAGACGGUGGAUUUGUCUGUGCAGUAUUUGUUGCCUGCCAUAUAUUUGCAUUACAGAGAAUGUUUAUAAAUGUGAAAAUGAGUUUCAGCACAAAAAACAUGAUUAAAGGAAAAGAAGUUUCUCAGUUUGCUUCAGACGGAGAGGAUCGCUGUCGCAUCAUGCCGUGGGAACCCUGAAGCGCCUUAGUGCUGAUCGCUUCAUAUUGUGCAGGGAAGUCUCACCCGCUCAGGCUUCCCACAGCGACCGUAUCUCCUCGUGUUGCAUUUUAAGUCUGUGUUCACAUUUACGUGCGUCCUGUCUGGUGUGUGACAGGAAGUGGGUAACUCGCGUUACCAGGUGCUCGGCCGAACAGACGUCGUUCUCGGUUCAGUUUGGUGAAGUUCUUCAGAACUUGUUGUUUGGUGCCUGGAGAAAAAAAAGGGUUGGUUUGAUGUUGGUGUUGGAAAAGUAUUGUUAUUGUUUUUGUAUUACUCUCCACUUUGCUGGACAGAGUGGACUCAGAGGUCAGAGGUCAGAGGUCAAGCCUCCUGCAAAAUAUGUUGUUUUUUUUGUUUUUUUUACACAAAAGUUUCAAACUACUCGCACGUUAUUCUUUCUUUAUGACUCUUGCAGCAACAAUAACAUGAAGUAAAAGCACACAGGAGUAACGCUGCUCUGGAGUCAACAUGUCAUGGAGAUGUGGGGAUGUUGCAUUGUGGGAAAGGGAAGCAAAAUCCAGUCAUGUAGUUGGAUUAUAGUGGGAGCGUUGACUUUACUUUAAUAACACACAAGAACAUGUUUUGUUUUUAAACCAGCUCGAGUCAGAUGAGGGGAUUUUCUCAGGUGAUACAAAUAUGUUGAUGAAACAUUGGAAAAGCUAAUUACAAAAAAGUAACCAAAUGAUUAGAGAACGAUAACCCGUCUGUUCAUUUCUUUGCAUUGUACUCAUCUCUCUCUGAGCGUUUCGCCAUUUUAAAGGAAUAGUUACACAUUUAUUUUGAAAAUACACACAUUUGCUUUCUUGUCAAGAGUUAGAUGAAAAGAUCAACAUCACUCAUGUCCGCUACUGUAAAUAUGAAGAUACAUGUACAACCAGUUAGCUUAGCUUAGCUUAGCUUAGCUUAGCUUAGUUUAGCUUAGCUUAGCAUGACUGUAAACAGUCUUCUCGUCUAACUCUCAGCAUGAAAGAUGUUUUUCCAAGUUCUGCUGUCGGCCACAUAUUCCAGCAUGUUGUGUUUAGAUUGCUACGCCGUUGCAGUGCCGGUAAUGCCCAGUUAUAUUAAUGUACUGAAAAAUAUAUGUGGAUAAAUAAUUAAUCUGAAUGACUGUACAUCCCUCUGAUUGGUUUGGGUGACGGUAAAGUUGUGUGUUUCAGUAGCGCGUGUGUGUGUCGGAUGUCUCUCCUUCAGAGAGAGUUCCCUGCGCUGUACAUCUGCUGCUCUUCUUGUUGCUCUGCUGUAUAUUCAUCAGUGUUCCCGUCACACACUUUAAGGGACAUUGUGUUGUUGGAAGUCGGAGAGCCAAACUGUGAGGAUAUAUCGUUCUGUUUAUAUUCUUACCUUGACAGAAAGUUGACUCUAACAGAAUCCCGUCACACAAUAAUGUAGGAUUUAUAGAUGUAGUUUGAAAUGGUGCUCAAUCUUUGGUCGAAUCGGUUCCCCUUACGUGAAACAUUGACAUUAUUUAGGACACUUUAUGUUAUUUUUUGGGCUUUAAUCGGGCUUGUAGUUUUUCUUUGGCGGAGAUGAUGAUUCCUACAGUAAGAACGUUUGGAGCUUUAAAGUGAAUCCUUCUGAAAUAUGUUCUUCAUUUAGUUUAAGGUAAUCCGAACUGUACAUGCAGCCUGAUGUGGUUAAUAUUGGAAUAUUGCAGUUCAUGUAAACACGUGUUAUGACUUCCUCUCUGCUCCAGUCAUCUACCUCCUCUGUCUCCUCUGUCUCUCCUCAAAGGGCAUGAACAUUUCCACUCCUGUGUUGUGACAUGUACGCACCAUGAUGGCUUCGAUGAACUUCUUUUCAUGUAUUUUGAAAGAAUAAACCUCGUUGAGAAAUCC